AUGCGGUUCUCCAAACUGGUUCUGCCGAUGCUCUCGGUGGGGGUUGCCGCUGCCCAGAAGUGCAGCAACGGCUUCCCGGGAAUCGAAAAGAGCGGUGCUUGUUGUGUCUCGGACUGUGGCACGUGCGGCGGCUCUGGCUGUAGCUCAAGGGAAUCUGGCCUCACCGGAGACGAUUGCUGCACGAAGAACAUCUUGAAGCAAGGGGCUCCGUGCUCAGCCACGGGCCACGCCCCAUGCUUCUUGGACGGUGACUCGACCCCGUCCAAGUCCACGCCGACGGAGUCCGAUGGUUUCGUGUACGAAGGGUGCUUCAACGACAAACCUGAGCCGGACCGCCUGUUCAGCUAUGUCACGACCAUGGAUGACAUGACCACGGAAUUGUGCGCGAACGAGUGCAAGGGCUACGCGUUCUUUGGACUGCAAUGGGGACGUGAGGCUGGCUGUGGCACGUGCGGCGGCACCGGAUGUAGCCAGAGGCCCGGACUCACAGACAGCGACUGCUGCAUCGGAAAGAUUGAAGAGAGUGGACCUCUGUGCUCGGUUACCGGCAAGGCCCCAUGCUUCGUGGACGGCGACUCAUCAGCGCCCGAGCAGACGUCUCCUGUCCCCUCGCCCACGCCCAAAACUUCACCGUCGUCGACGCCUCGUAGCGCCACGCCUACGCCCCCCACUCCCGUCCCCUCCGGCUGCGACACGAAGGCCACAGUACAGAUCGACAAGGACACGGCUUACUUCAAGAGUGGCGGCUGCGCUACCCUGACCGACUUGUACAACGCCCAGGACGGCACGGGUCCGCUUUGGGUGCUAGACUCGAACGACAACAAGGUUGACGGAGCUGGAGGGUCGGCCAAACCUACCGGCCGCUGGCUUUUGACCUCAAACAUCAAGAUCGAGGACGACGCAACGCUGUUCGUGGAAGGCAAGGAUCGCGGGGGGGACUGCGACGUGCUUCGGAUCGAGUCCACGGGCUCCAAGUACUGGGAAAUCUUCGGACACGGAGGAAACAUGUACUUCGAAGGAACCAAGGUCACCUCGUGGGACACGAGCAAGGGCAAGGAGCGUGAGUACAAGAAAAACGAGGGCCGGUCCUUCAUUCGCUGCAUCACCCAGUACGACGACAACUACAGUUGCAGCGGUGGUUCGAACAAGGAUAUGGGCACGUGUCGCAUGGAUAUCAUCGACUCUACCAUGGGCAACAUGGGUUACGACGCUUCCGAGAGCUACGGGCUUACAUGGAAGGUCCGCGGUUUGUGCAAGAACUUGUCCAACCUGAAGCUCUUCGACAAGCGCAAUGUCUACGGCGACAUCAAGAACUCGGACAUCUACGGAAUGUACUACGGCAUGUACUCGUACGGGCACGAGGGCGGCGUGUGGACCAACAACAAGAUGCACGACAACGUCCAGUACGGCUUCGACCCCCACGACGACUCGGAUAACCUUGUCAUCGCCCACAACGUGGUCUACAACAACGGCAACCACGGUAUCAUUGCGUCCAAGAGAUGCAACAACGUCGAGAUCUACGACAACGAGGUCUACGGCGGCGGGCAGGCCGGCAUCUUCCUCCACCGCAGCUCCGACAACGCCAAGGUCUACGACAACUACAUCCACGACAACGAUGACGCCGGGAUCGCGUUCUUGGAGUCUUUCGACGCAGACAUCUACGACAACCGUAUCGUCAACUGCAAGUACGGCAUCAGACUUAGCCUCGGCAGCGGAGACAACGACAUCACCAACAACACGUUCGACAACAUCAGCAAGUACGGCCUCUACACGUACAAGGGGAGCGACUCGCCCGAUGUUUCCAACGGUCGCCCCAAGGGCAACAAGUUCGAAGGCAACACCGUGUCAAACACAAAGAUCGGCGUCUUGGGCAAGGAGGGAGACGACAACAUAUUCAAAAACAACGUCUUCACCAACGUCGAUACCUUCGAGUUUGAGAAAUCCAAGGACACCGAAUGGACCGGAAACAGCCUCGGAGGCGGCUGCCUUGACCGCGGUAAAGACUUCACAAAGGGGUCUGACACAAUUCCUGACUGCUGA